CAGAGUGACUUCCUUGAUUCCUGUCACCUACAGGGAAGAGCCAAACACAGCAGCCUCAACAUGAAGGUGGUUAUGGUCCUCCUGCUUGCUGCCCUCCCCCUUUACUGCUAUGCAGGUUCUGGUUGCGUUCUUCUGGAGAGCGUCGUGGAAAAGACCAUCGAUCCAUCGGUUUCUGUGGAGGAAUACAAAGCAGAUCUUCAGAGGUUCAUCCACACUGAGCAAACCGAAGCAGCUGUAGAGGAGUUCAAGGAGUGCUUCCUCAGCCAGAGCAAUGAGACUCUGGCCAACAUCCGAGUCAUGGUGCAUACGAUAUAUGACAGCCUUUACUGUGCUGCGUAUUAACUGUCACAAGAACUUUGGCUCAGAGGAAUCCAGACGAUGCUCACAACCCGACUGUGGACUGGCAGAAAUCUCAACUUUUCCUUUUGACUUUCCCCUUUGAUCAGUAAUAUGGAAGACGUUGUUGAAACCUGAAGUAUAGUUAAUUUAAAUAAACCCACUGCAAG